ACAAGCGAUGAUGCAAAGCAAUGCAAAGCUUAGUGUCAAAAUUAAAGUUGUAAAAUAAUUAUAUAAAUAUUAUCUAAAUAAAUAAAUUAGAAAAUUAAUAAAACCAAAGUUUUUAUAAAAAAAAACAAAUCAGUUGAGUGUAUAUUUAAAAAAAUAAAGUGUAUGAAAUUAAUAAAUACGGGAAAAUUGGUUUUAAACAUUGACAAACAUACGCAACAAACAACAACGUACAAAUAUUUUUUCCAUGACCAAACCAAGAAAUUACGGAGCAACAAAAAAGUGACACACACAUAUUGUAGAUUAUUAAUAAAAAUAAAAUAAUUUUAUAAUAAUAAUAAUAUUUAUUAACUAAUAAAUAAAUAAAUAAAAAUAUCGUUAAUUUUUUUUUAAUAUUUAAAAUUGAAUUAUUUAAUUUUGAGUUAACCGGUAUUAAUAAAAAAAAAAAGAAAAAAAUAUUUAAAUACCUUUGAUGAUAUAAAAGGCAAAAUAAUAAUUAAAUAAAAUUUUUUAUUAAAAUGAGUAACUAAUAAUAGUAUAAAUAAUAAAUUAAUUAAUAAUUAUUUUAAAUUAUUAGUUUAUUAUUUGAAUCCUGCGCGGUUAAAUGUUGAAUCGUGUGUGUGGUUUUUUUGGUCGUUGAAAAAAAGAAAAAAAGAAAAAAAAAAAGAGAGAGUAAGAGAGAGAGAGAGAGGUUGGAAAAAAUGGCUCUCGUUACGUGUCUGCAUCAAAAAAUCUGCUAGUAAAAGACUUUUUCAUAAUUGAUGAGUCUUUUUUUAUUUUUAUUAUUAAAUUAUUUUUAAUAUUUAGAAGAAAAAAAAAUUUUUUUUUUAAAUAGCCAUUUGGUUUUUAAUUCAAUCGUGAUAGGUGUUUCGAUGAAUGGCUGAUAACAAUUUUUAAAGCAUUAUUUAAUCAUCACCUUCAGGUGUAUGUACUCGAUUAAGAUACAUGUUUGUGUGACAAUAACAUAGGGUUACUGGUAGCAUUGAUGCUACUCAAACAUCGCGUCACACACAGAUGAACACCAAAGCAAUAAGGCAUUUGGAUUCUCUUUAAUUUGUCCAGUUGAUAUCAUUCAGUGGCCUUUUAUUAUCCUGAAAAUAAAAACCAUUAAUAAUCAUUCUAAUUGUUAAAAUAUUUUACUCGUAAACAGCACAAAAAUGCCUCGUGUUAAAAAACAGAUAGUAUUGGGAGGUCUAAGUAGGCCAAUGACACCAGAAAUAACACAAAAUCAUUUAGUAAAAACAGAAUUUAUCAUUGAUGAAUCAUCAUUGGACGAGCCACAAUCACAAAAAGUUGCUGAAGAAACACCAAGUCCACAUUUACAAGAUCAUCAAUAUGGACAGACACCUUGUUAUCAAGCAACUAAAAAACCUACACAAUCAUUGUCACGUCCAGAGAAUAACUCAGUUCAAGCUGUUAAAAGAAGACUGAAUCUUGAAGCUCCAGUUGCAUCACCAAGUAAAUCAACAUUUAAAGCACCACGUGUAAAACGUCAAAGAACUGGUUCACAUACUGGUUUAUUAACAAAUAAUACACCAACAAAAGUUAGAAAUGUUGAAAGAACAAGAUAUGAUACAUCACUAAGUUUAUUAACAAAAAAAUUUAUAAAUUUAGUUGAAAAUAGUAGAGAUGGUGUUGUUGAUUUAAAUGUUGCAUCUGAAAAAUUAGAAGUACAGAAACGUCGUAUAUAUGAUAUAACAAAUGUAUUGGAAGGUAUUGGAAUAUUAGAAAAAAAAAGUAAAAAUAAUAUACAAUGGAAAGGUGGUCAAUUACCUGGUGAACGUAAUGAUAUAUUAGAAUUACGAAGGGAUGUUGCUAAUUUAGAAACAAAAGAAAAUGCACUUGAUCGUUUAUUAAAUGGUGCUGAAGAAAAAUUACGUGAAUUAUGUGCUGAUAGACAAUAUGCAUAUGUAACUUAUCAUGAUUUACGUUCAGUUGUUGCAUAUCGUGAUCAAGCAAUAAUGGCUGUUAAAGCACCACCAGAAGCAACACUACAUGUGCCUCAACCAACAAAUAAUCUUGGUCAACCAAAAUUACAAAUUCAUAUGCGUUCAUCACAAGGUGAAAUUGAAGUAUUUUUAUGUCCUGAUGAUCCAGCAAUUAAAAAUCAUAAUAAUAUUAAUAAUAAUAUAAAUAAUAAAGAACAUAAUCAUCGUCAUUUAUGUAAACAAAGAAGCAAAAUGGAAAAACAAAAUAAUCAUAAUUCUACAAUGUCUUCCAUAAUAAAUGAUAAUAAUACAACAUCAACAAUUAAUCAUCAUAAAAAUCAGACACAAAAAAUUAAUGAUAAAAAAUCAACGACAAUUGAUUGUCAAAAUAAUAGUAGUAGUAGUAUUUCAACAAAAUCAAUUAAUAAUAUUAAAAAUCAAGGUAAUAAAACAUUUGAAAAAGAGGCAUUUGUACCAUCUGGUAUGAGAGAUGCAUUGUUAAGUGAAUCUGAUGAUUUUGGUCCUAUGGGUGGUGGUAGAUUCCAACUACAGACUGAUGAUCAAAAUUCCUCUAUAGAUAUUAAUACAUUUGACUUGGGCGAGUCACUGCUUUCACUUGAACCACCACUUUCAGAAAAUGAUUAUGCAUUUACUCUUGAUCAUGGUGAAGGCCUUUCAGAUCUUUUUGAUUAUUCAUUUUAGGAUUUUUUAAUAAUUAAUCUUUGUUUUAAACUUAAAAAAUUUCAUAUUAUGAAAAAAUUAAAUUUUUUUUCAUUUAAAAAUACUGGCACGAGUUCGUCUUCUCGCAAUAAAAUAUGGCACAAGGAAAUAAAAAAAACAAUACAUUAUAUUGUUGUUUUAAGAGAAAAAAAAAAAAAAAAUCAUAACAUUGUGUACAAACAGUGUACCCACAUUUUUUCAUUAAAAAAAAAAAAAUUUAAAUAAUAAUAUUGACUAUGAAUGAAUCAAUAUUCCAAAAUUCACAAACACGAAAAAUUGCCAUUAGACACACUCAUACUGUUAUACUGUUUUUUUUUU